AUGGUCAUAUUUAAAUCGAAAGAGCUUUUAAAUACAUUAUUUGAAGCUUGAGUAAAAAAAAAAAACGAAAAUGCCACUUUACUAGUUGCACUUAGAUUUUUUUCAAUUUUGUUGGGGUUGUGUUAGCUGUAGUUGACGUGUAUGCCAUCCUCUUAGGGUUGAAGUGCGCCUCUGUAACCAUUUUUCUGUGAUGUGAAUAUGAAUUAGCUUUAAUGGCAAGUGUUUCCAACAUAAUUUUGAUACAUCUUGUUGUCCACCCGGUUAAGUUUGAUGAACUUAGACUGGAAACCUAAUAUAAAACACUUGUUCAAAUGCGCAUUUCCCAUAAACGGGUUUCAGUCCAAUCUCCUUAUGACGGCCAUACCAUGAUCGUUUUGGGGUUAUUGAGGGUCUGUUGAUCACCAUGUUGCAUAAAAAUUAUGCAAAAUAGUACCGAUCUCUGAAGAGAUAUUAAACCAUAGCAUGAAUCGAGAGGGAGGUGUAAGUCAUUCAAAAUUACAGGUGCGCGAAUGAAUCAUAAACUUUCAGGAAAUUGCAACACCGCUUGUCUCUUGAAGUAUAUCGAAACUGCGGUAAAUGUAAAAUAUGAAAAAAGACUUCCUUCAGUUGUACUGUAAACCCACAGUUGACGAGGUAGUCGAUUUUAGUGUUACAAUUAUGAACAAUAAAUUAAAGUAUAUCUUUCUUACGGUUUACGGUCUUAAGUACAAAGAAAGAUGAAAUGUACUUAUUUGUACCACGCGACAGAAGUUUUUUUUCUGCAUCAGCUUUAAACAUAGUAAUUUGUUUUUUUAAUAUAGUACGUAGUAGAUAGGACCACCCCAUUUUUUGAACUAUUUAGUUUGUUGAAACUAUGAAAUAGAUAUGUUUUAUAUCGAAAAAAAUAUAUUCCAAUUUCGAAUCGAAAAAUUUAAAUAAAAGUAGGGGUUCCGAUUCCAAAAAAAUGAGAAAAACGCAAUUUACUUAGAAAUAAAGCAAAAAACUUCAAUUAUUGAAUAAUAUAAAAAUAUAUUGUGAAAUAAGUGACAAAUUCUCGUUUUAUUGUUUCCAUAGCUGUCAUUUAGCGGCCAUAUCCGCUAAACAUUAUUUCAAAUUGUCACGUUGACAAUACUUUGGUUUAACUAGGAAGUCACGAACUAAAAUAUCAAAAAUUAACUCCGAUUUUAGACCAAACUAGUUUAACCCAGACUGAGCUCCUUUUUUUGCUCUGACUGUUUGCUUGGCUAUGAGUUGCACAAAAAAUAGCGAAAUAACAUCUCAUUAGAGCAUAUUAGGUUUCUGCCAGGUUCAAGCAAGCGCAACAUGCUUUGUAACUAACCGCGGUGCGCGUAUUGCAAUAUAUAUGUCUAUUUUCAAAUUAUUUUCGUUUGUUUAAAAAUAUAAUCAGUCCAUAUCUUAUCUUCAAAAAUGUUAUUUUACAUAUUUAAAGUGGACAAGUAGUAUUUUUAUGUGUGAACUGAAGUUUGCCUUUGUUUCGCAGGACUUUUCUCUCGUUUUCUGACUUGCACGUAUAAAAAGUUAUUGCAAAAGGAUGUGAUUCAUUGCAGUAAAAGCACAGUUUCAAAAAAAAAUAGUUGUGAUUUUUGCACCAGAAUAAUCGACAGGAAAAACUUACACGCAGAUUUUUGAAUGCACUUUUCCUGUAUGUGUUGCUUUUUGGAAGCUUUGAAGAUGGAUGGUUGGAUGCAAGAAAUGGUAAGGUAUCCAUUAUGACUGAUCCGGGUCACGCUCCUGAUAGUAAUCCAACCAUUAAAAAGGAGCUUGAAGGAUUCACAGAUUGUUCGCCAUCAGAUAGCAACAUCUACUCGCCCACUGCCACUUCAACAGUAAACGAUUCGAGUCUACACUCCACUGACAUAAAAGACAUACAGUACCAUGAGAUAUAUGACUCCAAACAUCGAUCUUCUGCAAGUCCAGAACGACAGUACUGUUCAUCGACCACACAACCUCAUAUGGAUACAGGGAUGGGCCUUGUUCCGGGUGAUUCAAAAAAUGACGACGAUUCUCCAAGAAGACUGUGUUUAGUGUGCGGAGAUUUUGCCUCUGGUUUUCACUAUGGAGUGGCAUCGUGUGAGGCUUGCAAGGCAUUUUUCAAAAGGACAAUACAGGGCAAUAUUGAGUAUACCUGUCCUGCGUCUGGUGAAUGCGAAAUAAACAAAAGACGAAGGAAAGCCUGUCAAGCCUGUAGGUUUAGGAAAUGUUUGAGAUCCGGUAUGCUAAAAGAAGGAGUUCGACUGGAUAGAGUGCGCGGCGGACGACAGAAGUAUCGCCGAAAUCCCGAAAGUCCCUAUCAGGUACAGGUCGUUACUGCACCGAGACCUCAUCUUUUACUUGAAGAUAUUAAAAUGUUGGAUGCACUUAUAUCAUGCGAACCCGAUUGCCUGGAAAUCAACACGGUAUUAGAAAGCUCGAAGCACAGAACGUUGUCUAUUUUGAGCGAUCUGUACGACAGAGAGUUAGUUGGCAUUAUUGGUUGGGCGAAGCAAAUACCUGGCUUUACGGAUCUGUCACUUAACGAUCAAAUGCGACUUUUACAGAGUACUUGGGCCGAAAUAUUGACCCUGACGUUGGCGUUUCGUAGUCUCCCUAUGAUUAGUUUGGGCCGGUUAAAGUUCGCCACAGAUUUUACGCUAGAUGAGAAGCAGUCUAAAGAUUGCGGCGCUUUAGAGCUUUAUCAGACAUGCUUCCAUAUUGUUGAGAGGCUUGAAGGUUUGGCGAUGCUGAAGGAAGAGUAUUACUUACUGAAAGCUCUUGUUUUAACAAAUUCCGACGUAAAAUUGGACGAAUAUCAGUCAUUGAAAAAGUUUAAGGAUGCAAUAUUGAGUGCGUUGUCAGAUGCAGUUGGAAUAUUAAGACCAUCGACCGUGUUUAAUCAAAUACAGCAACUGCUGCUUUGCUUGCCAUCAUUGCGACAGGCCGAUCAUAUAGUGAGACGCUUCUGGACGAACGUACAUCAGCAAGAUCUCGUGCCAAUGAACAAACUAUUUCUGGAAAUGUUGGAAGCAUAUAGUCGGUAGCCCUUUUAAUUAUUAAAAAACUUGCAAGAAAACUGGUUUCCGAUGUUUAACACGUUUUAGUGUUUUUACCUCAGUAUUUGGGGACUUUUUGUGUUACGGUUAUUUUUUUUUAUUUGAAGGGUAAGUUUGUUUCGUAUUGAUUUUUGGUUGAAAGCAGUUUGAAAUGCAAUUUGAAAAACGGGUCAAAAUGGUUGUGAGUUUGUGUAUAACAUAUUUGCUGUGAAUAAUUCUUAAUAGGUUUGCUCCUUUUGAUUAUCAUUCUGGUGACAUUAUCGUGGGAUUUAUGCUUCCAAUUUAAGAAAAUAACGAAAAUAAUAAUUAUUUUAUAGUUCCUACAGGAAACGACGCACCUAACACAAUAUAUUCCAUAACUUCAUGCCAGGACUUAUGUUAAUUAAAAUCGAGCAGGGUAGAAGGAGAAUAAAGAUCUCUACCAAACCAUUUAGAUAAAAAUGGUGGUGAUGGAGAUAAAAAAUACAUUAAAAGCGGGUAAAAUCAAGGGAGCUGCCCAAUAUCUUCUUGUUUCUGCUCUUUCACUUUUAUGUUUCUUUGCUGAUGUGCCCUGGUCUUAUUCGUCCAGUAAAGUAAAAAUUAAAUUUACGACAAUACAGUUGUUUUCGGUGAUUUUUUUUUUCGGUGAAUCCAAUUAGGAAAAAAAAAAUUGUAGAAUUGUGAUCUUACCUCAAAAGUUUCAUCGAAUGACUACCCUGAACCACCUUUAAUUGGUGAUAACUGAUAGUAAUGUUACAUAUUUACAAUUAUAGAAUAUUUUCAGAUUUAGUGAGCUUUAAAAUUUUUUAUGAACGCAAACUCAAAAAAUGUUGGCAAAAAAGCGAAUUUAGUGCCGACUUCAGGAAAUAUUUAGUAUUCCGGCACUAGUUCCAUGACUUGAGUGUGAAGUUUUCAACCCAGGUAAAUUUUGCAUGCUUCGGUAGCGCCUGAUACAGUCAAGAAAUGAAAUAAAUUUAAAGGCACCUUAACUGAAAGCUCAAUAGAUGGUUAAAAUAAUGAUGUGAAAGGAAUGGACGUCGAGGAAAUUUUAACUAAAAAGCUCAAUAAAAGAAAUAUAAGACUAACCUUUGCUGGUUAGGGGUUAUAUACAAAGUUGCGCUUAAACUGGAUUCGACGUUAAAAACAAACACACUAUUGCCAUGUUUGUUAUACUUAUUCUAUGUGUAGAAUGAAAUAAAAUCCAGUCAUCAUAUGAUCAGACAUGUUGUCUUAUUGGUAAGAGCCAUUUUUCUUGCAAAAUUAACGGGAAAAAUAAUUUGCUGGUGUAUAUUUUUUAUAAUAGCCAAAGGAGUGGGUGUAAUUUGUUCAGACUAUGUGUAAAUGCUGUUUGAUGACGUCCCAUUUCGUCGAUAUAUUUCCGUAGAUUUGCAUUGGCAUUUGGUUUUAACUUACGUUGGAUAUACUUAUUCAAAAAUUAAAUAUCAAUAAGCAUUUUAUCCUAAAUCAGUGCCUAUUAAAUUAUGCCAAAAUUUAUUUUCCAAAACAACAUUUAGGCAUUUGUUAAUUAUUUAUUUUAGAUAUGGGAACUCCUCAAAAUAGUACUACAGCAGUUAUUAAUUCAGUGAUAGCCACAAGUAUGUAGGUUCCUUAAAGAUUUUAUUGUGUACAUAAUGUCAAAGAUAUAUAUUUUUAGUAGAGGUUUAUAUACAUUUUAAAUACUUUACGCUUCAUGGCAUCAUAACUUGUGCAUUUUUUUAUAUCAGUGAUUUACCUCAUAGUUUUUAAUAAUAUUUUUGACAGUCUGGCAGAUUUAUUUCAUCCAUUGUAAUUGCAAUGUGAUUUAAAAAAGCUUUGGUUUUUGCAAAGUGAUUUGUUAUUAAUUGUGUAAGGUUUAACGGACGAGAAUAACAGUUGUAGCACAUCUCAUAAUGUACUUAUUUACUGUGCAUUGUUUUAAUACAUAACAAUAAAAAAAAUUGUGGU